UGUUCUUUCCUUUUUUUCAUUCGAGUUAUUUCACUCAUUUGAUUUUGUUAGACAUUAUCAUUAUUAUUAUUAUCUUAAUAACUUGCAUCGUCAUUGUUUUCUUCUAUUGACACAUUGACAAUAAUUAUUAUUGCAAACAAAAAACAAAACAGCCAAUCAACAUUAUCAUCUCAAUCAGCAACAAAUUAAUUUUAAUUAAAAAAAAAUAAAUAAUAAACUGUCAUCAGACAAUAGGAAAAAUUCCAGUUUAAAUAUCAGGAUAAACACUAACCUCAAAUUAUCGAAAAAUGUGUUCAUUUAAAUUUAGUGAUUACGAUUGCAUUGGUUUCGAUCUGGAUCAUACUUUGCUCUGGUACAAUGUGACAAACAUGGUUGAGUUGGAGUACAAUGCAAUGGCUAAAUAUAUGGUUGAAGAAAAAAAUUAUUGUGCCAAAUUUUUGUAUCAACCAUUAUCAAAAGAUUUAAAUUUUUUGUUGAAAGGUUUGAUAAUUGAUAUGGAAAAAGGUAAUAUAUUACGUAUUAAUAAUUGUGGAGAAAUAAUAAAAGCUACACAUGGAACAAAACUCAUGACAAGUGAUGAAAUUAAAUUGGUUUAUCCAAAUAAAAGAUGGGAAGCUUCUGAUGCAUUUGCAAAUAAUCCACUUGAUACAUGGAAUGGUGAAUGGUCAUCACGUAUACGUGCAUUACUUGAUUAUUUUGAUAUGCCAAUGUCACUUGUAUUUGGUCGUGUUAUUGAUAGUUUAGAUGAUAAAAAUGGAGGUAAACUUGAUAAAUAUGAUUGUUGGAAAGAUUGCAUUGGUGCUGCAAUAAGUCUAUAUGAUAGAACAAAUUUUAAAAAUGAAUUGGGUAAUUAUUUUGUUCAUUUAAAAAAAGAGCCAGAGAAGUAUAUUCGUAAGUGUAGCCAAGAAAUUAUUGAUUGGCUGAGUAAUAUGAAAAAACAAAAUAAAAUUGUUUAUCUAAUAACUGGAUCAAAUGUUGAUUUUGCUAGUUUUACAGCAAGUUAUAUAUUUGGUAAUAAUUGGAGAUCAUUAUUUGAUAUUGUCAUUUGUUUUGCUAAAAAACCUGGUUUUUUUAAUGGUGAUAGACCAUUUUUAACUCUUGAUGGCUUUGAUGAGAGUCAAGAAAUAACUGGACAACAAUUAGAACAAGGUGGUAUUUAUUCUCAGGGUAAUUGGAACGAUUUGAUGAUAUUUUUCUCAAAAAUAUGUCAUAAAGAAUCACCAAAAUGUGUUUAUUUUGGUGAUAAUAUUCUUCAAGAUAUAUUUGCACCAAAUACAACAGCAAAUUGUGAUACUGUUGUUGUGAGUGAAGAGAUGUAUGCUGAAGGAAUGAUUAGUGAUUCAACAAUACAUCCAGAUGAAAAAACAAUGACAUCAAAUUAUUGGGGAUCAUAUUUUUCAAUUGUUGAUGAUGAUGGUGUAAUAUAUCCUUCAUUUGCAACUCAUGUUAUUGAAAAAUAUUCAAAAAUUUGUAUACCAUCAAUUAAAGUUUGUGCUGAAAAUCCAUUGGAUCAUUCUUAUGAAUGUUUUGAUAAAAAAAUAAACAACAAGAGUGGCUAUCAUCCAGCUUUGCCACUUGGUCUAACUAAAAUCUAAUGAUUAAAUAACUCAAUUGAAAUUAUUAUUCUUCUAAGAUGUUUUUUUAAAUUACAAUUAUUUUUUUUGUCUGCAAUUUAAGAUUCCAA